GGGGACCAACCAACCUCAUUCUUCCAGUUUACCAAAAGCUGCAAAUAAGGAAUAGCAGUAUUUGGUAAACAUUAAACUAGCAAAAUACUAAAUAGAUCUAUGGCUCAAAAUAUGCUGCCGGCUUUAUGAUAACGCGUGAUUGAAAUUAAAAAAUAAUAUCAAUUAUUUUAUCAUUACAAUUUACAGUUUACAAUAUUUUUAUUUCAUUUAUUUGCAUAAAUUAAUCGAAUUAUAAUCAAUAUUACUAUUAUUAUCAAUAUAACAUCAAUAAUUAUUGUUCAGACGGUUUAUUUAUUUGUGAUAUUUUUUUUCUGUUCAAUCUUUACCUUUAAGUAAUAAAUAGUAAAUAGGUAAUAUUAUAUCUCCAAGACGAUUGUUAUAUCUUAUUACUUACAUAAUUUGGUAAGUCUUUUAUAUAAUUCAUCAUUAGAUAUUCAACACUUGAAAAAUCGCCUUUUUAUAACAACGAACAUUAUUAUUAUAUUAUUUAAUAUGAUGUAGUUUUCACUUCAAGUAAUAUUUUAAUUUACAAUUAAAUUAAAAUUGUCACUCUGGUUUUGGUAAAUCAAAACCAAGCUUAUUGUAUGAUUUUUAUUUCUUAUUUGUGGUCUGUAUUAUUAGAUACCUAAUCAAUGAAAUAUACAUAAAUGAAAAUGUAUGAUUAUUUAGUUUUGUAAUUUUUUUAUGUGUAAUACCUAUCAUGUAAUUACCUAUUUUAUUGGAAAUAACAUUAAAUUAAUUUUUGGUUUAUUCAUUUUGUAAUAAUAUUAUGCACAAUAUUAAUUUAUUAGUUGUACGCAUAAAAAUAGUUGUCUAAUUAUAUUUGAAUUAAAAUACCUAAAUAAAUUCACAGAAACAUUAAAAACUAAUCCGGUUUGUUUUUUACUUAGAAAUGUAUGUGCAAGUGGCAGAAAGUGAAAACUCAUUCGUAGAUCCCAUUGACAUGCCUACUGAAAAAGAUAAUAGUCUAUUGUUGUCUACUUUAGAAGCACAAUAUCCUGGGGCGAUUGGUUUGAAAUAUCGUGUUAACAAUAGGUUGCGAAUAGUUCGUCUCAAUGAGGAUAAAUUGUAUCCUCCAGAAGAUGGUUGGUUAGAUCGUAUUUAUAUCUGUAAUUUCCGGAACACUCAUAAAAGGAAACCCAAUGAAAUUGAAGAUAGUGUUAAGAAAGAAGAUGAUGAUCAUAGUGUUUCUGAUAUGGAUUUAGUUGUGUUGGGUUUGCCGUGGAAAGUAACUGAAGAAGAAUUGAAAAAGUAUUUUGUCAAAUUUGGUCAAGUAGAGUAUACUCAAAUUAAGACUGAUCUCAAUGGUAAAUCAAAAGGAUAUGGAUUUGUCAGGUUUAAGCAUAAAAAAUCUCAGGUCCGUGUUAUGCUAGAACGGCAUAACAUUGAAGGUAGGUGGUGUGAUGUACGCAUACCAAACAGCAAAGACAAAAAUGUAAAUAAAGUGCCCCGCAAAGUAUUUAUAGGACAAGUGCCCGAGAAUGUGGACGAAGAUUUGUUGAGAAAUUAUUUUGUCAAAUUUGGAGAAAUAUCAGAUUUAUUUUUGCCCAGACCACACAGAGGCUUUGCAUUUGUGACUUUUACUGACCCUUCAUCAGCUCAGAAAGUAAUUGGCAAAGAUCAUAAAGUUGGCGAUUGCAGUGUAGUGUGUACAGAAGCAAUACCAAAAAAAGAAAUGGCUCCUAAAUGGAAUGACUACGAUAGUAGUAGAGACAAGAGGAGAGAACGAUCUCCACAUCGCGCACAGGUCCCAGAGGAUGUCUGGGACUACGAUCAGGAUAGCUACGAUCGACAAUUUAUCCGAGGAAAUGGACAUCAAUCAGUUAAUAGUAUUGGUUUUACAAAUGAUAAUAAGAAUAAUUUUAAUCCAGACAUGGUAGCAGCUGCAGUGAACAAGGCUGUUAUGGGUGUGAUCAGUAAUUUGAAAGGGGGUGGACAAAGUAACCAAAAUGAUAAACUUCAGGGGGCAGACGAUUGGUGGAUGCGAAGAUAAAUAUUACUAAUGAAGUGUUUUUAAUUUUAUCUUUGGUUUCUUUAUAUUAUAAAUUAAAAACUAUUAUUUUAAUAAUGUAGAAUAUUGAUUUUAUUGACCUCAAAAAUUAAGGGAAACAAAUCCCAUUUCGAUAAAAACCAAAAGAAGCAUUAGAUUGGUCGUAAUAUUUAGUAUUAUUGCAAGUUCCUCAAUGAGAAUUAAUGUAUUUUUACAUUACAGGUACAAAAUAAAACGGUUGUUGCGUCAUUCAUUUUACCAAUUUAUGAUGUUAAAAAAUAUAUACAUUUUAUAUUCUUGACGAUUGUGCAUCUAAUAUAUGAAAUAAAAUUAUACAUCACAUAUUUUAUGUUUAAAUAGUAGAGACUAAACACCACACUGUAUCACUACUAAUUAUGAUUAUUAAAUUUCAACUUCCAUACAAUUUUAGUUUAAAAUUGUGAUUUUUUCAAUGUAUUAACAAUUAAUAUUUUUUUUUCUUUAUCAGUUUAUAUUAUAAAAAGUUUGUGUUUAAGUUCUUGUUUAAAUGCCUUCUUUCUUCUCUAUGACAUGUACAAACUAAGUUUCACAAAUGAUGUAAAUAGUUUUAUGAACCACUUAACACAUCUCUUUAUUAAAAAAAAAGGUUUGGUCACAUUUUAAUAUAUGAUAGCUACAAUAUAGAUUUAUAUUGUAGACCAUGUAUUAUAUACAUCUACAUUUGUGGUUAUAUAGAUUUUUUUUAUAUAUAUAUUUAUUUUUUUUCUUUGUGCAUUUAAACGCCAUGUCAAAGUACACAUACAC